AUGGCGGCAGCUGAUUUUCCGGCGGGGAACUCUUCAGAACGUACUGGAAACAAGACAGCUCAAGGUCAGAUCCUAUGUUUUGAUCAUCUCAACCGACCUGCUCACAUCUCAGCGAUGCUUUUUCAACAGAAGUUCACCAAGACUCCAACUUUGGUUAAUGGGUCACCAAUCUGUAUGCUAUUGGUGUUGGGAUUAUUAUUGGUUGAUGGUUAG